AGUCCGCCGUGAGAGUAGUUAUGUAGCUGUUAUUUAGUCGAUCAUUUCUGUCCUUCCUUCAUUGAUGUUUUGACUCAGGAUGGCCCCUCUGAAAGCAGCGCUGCUUUAUUCUACCAGGCUGAUUACGGCUCUUCAUAAACAGACGCAUGUUAUUUAUUUAAAGAGGACUCUACUGCUGUCUAGACUGACUCUCUUCAAACGAACAGACGGCAGGUUUGUUCCCUUCAUUCGACCAUCGAGCUCCACAGCAGCAAGGUCAGAGAGCGGAGAAGACUCCUUCCUCAAAUGGUUCCUGCUGAUCAUCCCAGCCACCACCUUUGGCCUUGGCACAUGGCAGGUGAAACGGCGUCAGUGGAAAUUACAGCUGAUUGAUGAGCUGACCAAGCUCACCACAGCAGAGCCCAUUCCUCUUCCUACUGAUCCUCAUGAGCUGAAAAGCUUAGAGUACAGGAGGGUGCGAGUUCGUGGACGGUAUGACCACUCACAGGAGCUGUACAUCCUUCCACGUUCCCCUGUCGACCCGGAGAAAGAGGCCCGAGAGGCAGGCAGGCUGUCCUCAAGCGGGGAGAGCGGCGCCAAUGUCAUCACUCCGUUUUACUGCACUGACCUUGGCAUCUCAAUCCUGGUGAACAGAGGAUACGUACCGAGGCAGAAGAUAAGACCGGAGACCAGGAUGAAGGGGCAGGUGGAGGGUGAGGUGGAGGUGGUCGGUGUAGUCAGGCUGACGGAGCAGCGAAAACCCUUCGUGCCUAACAACGAUGUGGAGAGAAACCGCUGGCAUUACCGAGACCUGGACGUCAUGUCCUCUGUCACUGGAGCUGAACCCAUCUUCAUCGAUGCAGACUUAGGGAGCACAAUCCCUGGAGGACCGAUCGGUGGACAGACCAGAGUCACUCUGAGGAACGAACACAUGCAGUACAUAGUGACAUGGUAUGGUUUGUGUGCAGCCACCUCCUACAUGUGGUUUGCAAAGUUCAUCAAGAAGAUCGUCUGAUCCAGUUUAUCAUCUGCUGCUUCCUUUCAGAUAAAUAUGUAUAUAGCUGUGAAUUAUUCUCCAGGAGAGUAUAUAAGAAUACAUUCUACUAAUUAAA